CCCCGGUUGUGGCCGUGCGACUGUGACAGCAGGUGGUGCCAGCUGCCAGACGGAAGCCUGAAAAGCGUGCCUGUGGGAGUGUGCGAGUGUGCCUCUGGGGUUGUGUGUGUGUGUGUGUGUAUAUGUGUGCAUGCGUGUGCACUGCAGGCAGAGCAGCUCCCCGUUCCGGCUCCUAUUUUGCUUUCAGCAGCCCUCGGACGCAGCCAGCUCCCCUCGGUAGCCUCGUCCCUUCAAUACCGGCCACCGGCCCCAAGACGGCGAGGCCUCUGCUCCGGAUUGGCGUGAGUCCGGCCUGACUGAGCGGUGCAUGUAAACCACCGUCGCCGGGAUUUUCUCCAGGUCUGGGAAGGGAGUGAGGUUCCAGAAUGGUGAAGCUGGGGACUCACCUGAGUGACAAGAACAGCAAACGGCCUGCUGGGGUGGACGGCUUUCAGACGGUCCCUCUGAUCACCCCCUUGGAAGUCAAUCAUCUUCAGUUUCCUGCUCCAGAAAAGGUGAUAGUGAAAACAAGAACAGAAUACCAGCCCGACCAGAAGAACAAAGGAAAACUCCGGGUGCCGAAAAUUGCCGAAUUCACAGUCAGUUUUACCGAUGGAGUAACAGAAAGAUUAAAGGUUACCAUUCUCAUCAGUCUGGCUCUGGCCUUCCUCGCCUGCAUAGUGUUCCUGGUGGUAUACAAAGCCUUCACUUAUGAGCACAGUUGCCCAGAUGGAUUCGUUUAUAAGAAGCGCUGUAUCCCGGCCUCCCUGGCGGCCUAUUCGACAUCUCAGGGCUCCAGCUCCCGGAGCCGGCUCUACACCGUAAUCAGUCACUACAGCCUGGCCAAGCAGACCGGCGCGCGUGCCCUCUCGCCCUGGCUCUCCUCGGGAACCGUCAGCCACGCGGCCCGGGCGACUAAGGCAGAGGACCACUAGAUCCGCACCCCCAAGCCCCGUCUCCCCGCCUCCCUCCCCCCGCACCGUGGGACGGCCCCGUCGGAAAAGCGGGGCGCCACUUCCCGGGUGGCGCAGCCCUCGCCCGGCGACACAAAAGUAAAACCCCCAACUGAAGUGCAGGAGUGAUUUUCAAUCUGUUUACUUUUGUGCAUUGUCCUUGUUGAUUUGCAACCGAGUCCAGCUCUUGUACAAAGGCAUGUUCGAUGUUGGUCGUUACGAUGUAAAGAUAUUUUUUAAAUCAUUGCUCGAUGUUUGCUAGGAAAACUGGGGCUACCCCGCCGACUCCGGGCCACCAGAGGCGGGGAGGGGUGGGGGGGCUUUGCAGGGGAGGCCUCGUGGCAGAGCGGGACUGGAGGGCAGGGAAGCCCUCUGCUCUGCAGGCCCGGGGAAGCCACUAGAAGUACGGGCCGCCCAGAUUCAUCACUCCGCAAAUUCACAGGAGAAGAGGGGACUGGGAGAGACAGAUUCAGAUGGAGAGCGGAGGAGGGUUUCAGCAGCUGAAGUUUCGGAAGCCUCAGGAGGCCCUUGGGGGUUGCUGGCUUCCGAGGUGGGGAAGGGGAUGGGGCUUCAACCAAGAGCAGGGUCGACCGCACAAAUCCCAUGGGGAUCGAGGGGUGCAGGACCCAGAGGGCAACUAGGCAUGGGCUCUGAAGGUUUCCUGCCGGAGAGGAGCUCUACUCUGAGGACAGGACUCCUUCCCGACGAAAGCUCAGGAGAACUCAUUCCCGACACCGAGCGAGGGUGGAAAACUUGGCAUGUCCACUGAGGGGGCCACGGGGGAAGACCAGGAGUUAGGGAGCAAGAGGAGAGAAGGGGGAGAGUCACAGCCUUGCCUUGCAGUCAGCAUGUUCUGCCCAUCAGCGGUCUGGAAAGAAUAAUGUAGCUGAAAGUCUAGCGUCCAGCCUGCUGCCUGCUUUCCUCCCCGCCGCGAUCCACCUGCAAAUCCAUGCUGCGCUGGGAUUGUUAAAGGAAAGGCCCCCAGCCAACCACCCAAACCCGCUAAUUGUGUGCUGUGUUUUUGUCAGUAGGUAGAAGAGACUGAAGUAUCUUGGUGUUAUUCUUGCCCUUCUCUGGCAGGAACAAUAAAGCUGGAUGUGUCCGAGAGCACAGGAACA